GAUAAAUGCUCGUUAAAUGUACAAGAGUCAUCAGUUAUGUCCAGCAGUGGAGGCGAAAAGAUGUUGAUUUUAUCUUUUUUAUUAGGGAUUUUAGUUUCCGGAGUGCAUAGCAGCGGCUACUACUUUGUCAUAGCCCCAAACGUAUUAAGAUUUGACCAAGAUGAGAGUGUUGUUGUCAGUGUUUUCGGUGAAAGGAAUGCACAUGUUAAGGUUUGGCUAGAAUACAACGGGAAACAAUUUUCGCAGAAAGACGUCAUUGUAAACGACCAAGAAACCCCAGCUUAUGCGACUGUUAAAGUCACCGAAGACGAUAUAUUUACCGCCAUGGUUCAGAACAAGCCACGCAAAGUCAAACUAUUUUCGGAAUGGAACGGAACGCAGCAAUCAAGGGAAAUAAUUCUGAGCUAUCAUUCAGGUUACCUGAUCGUACAGACGGACAAACCGAUAUAUACACCUCUAAAACCGGUUAAAAUAAGAGCUCUAGCACUUGACGAGUCAUUGAAAGCUGUCAAUGGUUGGCAAGUAGGCAUGGAUAUUAUUAGUCCUUCAAGUUUAACCUUGGGAAGAAGGUGGUUUAACUAUAGCGAUACAGGAUUCUUUGAAAAUGCAUUCAAACUACCCCCUUACCCUGAGUUGGGAAUUUGGACUGCAAGAGCCUAUUAUGGUGGACAGUUCGAGACCGAGUCACACACCCUCUUUGAAGUUCGGGAAUAUGUUCUUCCAACGUUCGGAGUGACCGUUGACGUUGACGUUGAGUUCCUCCUAAAUACCACGAAGUCGAUAACUGUUAAAGUUACGGCCAAAUAUGUCUACGGUAAGCCUGUCCAGGGAAAUGCAAGGCUUAUGUUGCAAUUGAAAGGGGAGGAUGGAGAUAGUGACUUUAUCCUAAAUAUGGACAGAAAAACGCUUGAAUUCGACCAGUUUGAAGGAAGUGUGACAGAAUUCAAUAUUAAAGUUGAUGAUAUACUGAACUCCCCGUUGCUAAAAGACAAGCCUUUUCCCUCGAACAAACGCCUAGAAGUGAUUGCAAUGGUUUAUGAAAAUGCUACGGGAAAGGAGGAGGCUCGAAGUCACGACGGAACCAUCUUCACAAUUAAUCCAUACGUGUUCAAGUUCACCAAAUCAAAAAUGAACUUCCGGCCAAAUUACGAAUAUUAUUUGAAGGUUGAAGUCCAGUAUGUAAACGGAAAACCUGCUUCUGGCAAAGACCUUUUAGUUAGAAUGAGCGAAAAUGGGGAAUUCAAAAAAGAGGAAAAAGAGACAACAAACGACGACGGCCGGGCAACAAGUAUCUUUCAGACGGCUCAGGACAUAAAUAAAAUCUCAUUUACUGUAUCAACAUCUGACAGUCAAUACGAAAGUGACGUGUUUGAGGUGGCUGCGUACGCUGGAAAAAAUCAAAUCCAAGUUGAGCGUGUGAAGACAGAAAAGAAUACGAUGUUGAUGCGGGCUUUUACAAACAUACAAGGUGAUUCAUACACCGGAAUCUUUGAAGUGAUUAUUUCACGUGGUAAAGUAGUUUUUACUAAAUAUAUGGAGGCAGGGACACAAGCUAGUGUAGAAAUAACAAAGGAUCUACAAAAACUUGUCUCACCUGAUGCCAGACUUCUUGUGUUUUAUGUUGAUAAAGAUAAACACGAGCUUGUGGCUGAUUCUAUUAAGUUUGAGGUUGAAAAGAUGUGCCGCGGUAAAGGUCUAAAAGUAACGACGGAGAAGACGGAGUUUGCGCCGGGAACCAAUAAUACGUUGACUGUUUCUGGAACCCCUUUCAUGCACGUGGGUCUAAACAUAAUUGAUAAGGCUCUUCUUUUACUGAAUGAUAAGAAUGUGCUCAGGAAGAACAAAAUGUUCGAGACCCUGCAGUCACAUGAUCUUGGUUGCGGAGAAGGUAGUGGAAGAUCAGGAGCUGAGGUGUUCAAGAAUUCCGGCCUGACCGUGUUGACUAACGCUGUUGUGGAUGAAAAUGAUAUAACACGGACCACUGACGGCUGCAAGGCAAAUACCAGGAAACGAAGAGAUGGCGACUCAUGUUUAUAUGGUGCUACUGAAACAUGUUGUCAAGGAGGAUUCGACUUGGCGGAAGAGCUUUUAUAUGAGUCAGAUAACCCAGCGGGCAUGAAUCCAUACGCAAGUUGCUACCCUAGAGCACUAAAAUUGACGAAGGAAAAGAAGCUCUCGAUCAAAUGCGUCAUGGCGUUCUUUAAAUCUUGUAUAGAUGAGCUGCAAUAUCUUAUUACUGAUAAAACAUCGAUAACUUCAAAAUCAUUGGAUGACGAAAGUGACUAUUUGGAGGACAUCGCGAGCUUGGCUAACCUGGGUAUACCAAGUAAAACUAGGAAAAAUUUCCACGAAUCUUGGCUAUUUGAUGUCUUAAGUCUGGACGUAAAAGGCCAGAAAAAGACGAUGCUCAACGUUCCAGACUCUAUAACAGAAUGGAGAAUACAGGCUAUUGGUAUUACGAAAAAUGAAGGUAUGUGUAUUGCUGACCCUUUAGAUUUCAAGGCGUUCAGAAAUUUUUUCAUUCAACUGGAUCUUCCGUACAAAGCAUCUCGUUUGGAACAUUUUAAUGUGAAAGCAACGAUAUUUAAUUACGGUAUGCAGGGGGAUGCAAAUAAAGUGGCAAAUGUUUACCUGCACGGAGUUCCACAUUUGUGUUAUAACAGCGACCCAGGGAAACCAUCACCUCGAGUCAAAGUUGAGCUCCCGCCAAAUAGCGCACAAAUCGUAACCUUUCCCAUGAUACCUUUAAAAGACGGUCUGUUUUCGGUAAAAGUGUCCGCCAUGGUUACGGAAGUAGGAGGACCGCAAAUUGACGUCAUUGAAAAGAAAUUAUUCGUUGUAAAUGAGGGUAUAGAAGAAAAAAUAACAAUUGUUGUGUGUUUAGAUCCAAUGAGACAGAGAGACGAUUGUAAAAAUGAUAUUCGUGUAGUUAAAGACUUUCAACCAAGCCGGGACGCUAGACAGUUCGAAGUAGAUCUAACACUUCCAAAUAAUAGUAUUUCACAAACAGGGGCAGCUACUGCGUAUAUCCAAAGCAACAGAAUAAGAACCUCCACAGAUUGCAACAAGCUCUUGACAGAAGGAGAAGAGAGAGAGAAGAAGAGACAGAGGUGUGUGGGUCAGUCAGUGGAUACUGAGAAGGCCUCGACAUUCACUUUAUGA